AAUCACCCUAUAAAUGGUUCUUGUACUUCACUCCAGUCAGAUAAAGAAUCACCAUGCUACAUAUUAUCGCUCUAUUCCUGGUGUGUGCAGGAGCCGCUGCAGAACUCCAAUGCACGGUGAUUCCUGGAAAUCUGAAGCAGGUGGACGCUGGUGCCGGUGAAGUGUACGGUGUGAAUAAUGAAGACACCAUUUACCACUGGGUGAAUAAUAACUGGAAAGAGAUUCCGGGAAAGCUCAUCCAUGUGACGGUGGGCCCAGCCGGCGUUUGGGGAGUCAACAAAAAUAACAACAUCUACAAGUUCCAAGAUAACAAUUGGAUGCUUGUGUCCGGUCUUCUGAAACAGGUGGAUGCUGGAGGGAACAAGUUCCUGUCAGGUGCCAAUGGGGCUGAUUCAAUUUACUGCCUGGACCAGGGACAAACCGUUUCCAGAUCUGCUGCUCUCUUAUAUACCCACCUAGAUGGGAGUCUGAAAUAUUACAGCUGUGGCCCCUUUGGCUGUUGGGGAGUGAACAGCAACAACAAUAUAUAUUACCGCUACAAUGUGAAGCCCACAAGCUGCCAGGGAAUUCAAUGGCAGAACAUACCGGGGAGUCUAGUCAUGGUGGAAGUCGGUACUGACGGCUCUGUGUAUGGUGUGAACUCUGAUGGCAAUGUGUACUACAGGGAGAGCAUCUCUGCUAGGAAUCCUAUCGGAACAUCAUGGACAAAACUGGAUUUUUGUAGCAAGUUCAGACACGUAUCCUAUGAUGAUGGCUACCUAUGGCUUCUCUCAGAGAAAGGAGACAUCUUUAGGUGUAAAGUCAAUGGUUCGGUUAUUCCGACCUUGUGAUAACAUUGACUGAAUAUGAGAGCAAAAUCAAAAUAAAGUCUCAGAUAAGGGAAUAUACAGUGUAAUGAUUUCUUUGUAACAGCGGGACUGUCUAAAAAAUAAAGCAUGCAAAGUCAA